AUGCACCAGUUCCAGUGGUGUAACGGGUGCAUCUGUGGUUUGGGACUGAUUUUCUCAAGUAAGAACUGCAUCAUGCCACCCGUCACCUUCCAGGACCUUCCACUCAAUAUCUACAUGGUCAUCUUUGGCACAGGCAUCUUUGUCUUUGUGCUCAGCCUCAUCUUCUGCUGCUACUUUAUAAGUAAACUGAGGCACCAAGCACAAAGUGAGCGGUUUGGCUAUAAAGAGGUCAUCUUGAAAGGAGACACUAAGAAGCUCAAUCUACAUGGGCAGACGUGUGCAGUAUGUCUGGAGGACUUUAAAGUGAAGGAUGAACUGGGUGUCCUGCCAUGCCAACAUGCGUUCCACAAGAAGUGUGUGGUGAAGUGGCUGGAGGUACGAUGUGUGUGCCCCAUGUGUAACAAAGCCCUGUCUGGAUCAUCUGAGCGUCACCACAGCAUAGGCACUCUCUUAGACGAGCUAGUCUAGCAACUUCCAAAUGAUGGAUGGUAACAAAGACACAUAUGACCUUGUUGUGGGUCAUAAAGGAACAAUUGAACUCUGACUCCAUGACCUUUGACUAAACUGAGUUUAACUCUAGAUUGAAUUCAGAGCUAGUGGACUUUCUGGUCAUGCCAGCCUGUCUUAAACUUGCACUGAGACUGUGCAUAUCUUGAAAAAACACGGUUAGGGAAGAAGCUGAGAGACUAAAGCAUGUUCCAACACCAGUCUGCACACUGCCACUGAACUGAAUACAGCACAGUUUGAACACUGCCACAAAUGUGACCACAGCUCUGUGCACUGCACCCAAAUGGGCUUUACACAAUGCUGCAUUUGUAUGUGUUUUAAUCACUAUUUCUACUAGACUGCCACACUAGUGGGGUAUCCAUUCGAACCUUUCUAAUUUUUAAAUAGUAUUUCUAAAAAAUGCAGACAAGGCCUAUCUACAAAUGUCAUAGGAAAAUUCUAAUGAUGACGUACCAUUGUUAUGGAGAAAGAAUGCAGCUGUUAAUUAUACUGGCAUUGAAUAAUAUAGGCUGGACACUUUUAUUGCUUGAUAAAUAAAAUGUUUGGCAUAUUACCAGCAGUUAACUGUAGUACAUAUGCCGACUGACAAGAUGUAUGAGUAAAAUUUAUGAUAGGCAACAGUAUACACCGGGAGUGUUUUCUUCGUUUUGUCUAAAUUUGUACAAUAAUAAUGAGUGUGACUAGUGUAGUGUGUUUUUUUAUUAUUUUUGAUGUCUGAAAAAAAAACAAUA